AUGAUCAAGAGAACAGUUCUUACUAAGGAAAGCCUCUCUUCAACACUCAACCAGGAGCUGGUCGAACUGCUGACAUCACAGGCAGAAAUGCAGGAACAGAUUGCUAAAAUGAUGGAAACAGAGAAACACCUCCGAGCAUCACUGAAGCAGGCAGAAGAUGAUCUGGCCAAACAAAAGGCAGCUGGAAAUACUGGAACCACCAUGUCACCUCACCAACCGUUUUGAUGGAAGCAGAGGCUUUGGCAGUGUAUAUUCCAGAUUCCGUGCAGGGGGUUCACCACUCUACAGUCACAGAUCAAGCUCGGAUCAAGAGACAUCGGCUAAAGAGAAUGAGGAAAGAAAUCAGUGGUUAAAGCGCCAAAUAGCAGACUUGCAGGUGGCUAAAGCUAACCUAGAGCGCCGACUGCAGGAAACGGAGAGACGUCUUGCAUUCCGCCCCAAAUCAACCACUGCUAGUCGAGAUGAGUUGCUUUUCCGCAUUGACCAGUUGCAGAGUGAACAGACAGAACUAAAGAAGAAAGUUGAAGACCUUGAGGCUUUAAACAGUCACUACCUGAAAGAAAAAGUUGAGCUUUCUCAAGAGAAAGAAGCACUGGAGCAAAAGCUUAAGGACUUUAACCCAUCAGGAAAGAAAGAAGACACAUCUUUGUACGUGGGAAGCUUAAGAGAAGAACCCCUGGGCAGCAGUGGGACAUAUUCUGAUGAGGAAUCAGGUGCAGAAACAACCAUGUUAGACAAACCAGAAGAUGUUCUCAAUAAACGCAUUCAGGAGCUAGAGCACUUGGAAAAGCACCUUCGUCAACAGCUGAAUGAAUUGGAGUAUGAUAGAGACCAGCUGCAUGAGAUAGCACGCAAAGAUAAAGCCACCAUCCAUGAGCAGAAUGUGCGUUUGCGAGAGCUGGUGCUUCAAGAACGCAACUUGAGGACUCAGGUGACCAGCUUAGAGGAUAGUGAGCGGUCCCUGUAUAAUCGCUGCAGUGAACUUGAAGAUACAGUUACCCGGCUUGAGGACAGAGUCCAUGAGUUGGAAGUCCACGAGAGACGUCUGAGGGAACUUGUAAGAAAAUUGAAGUUGGAUGAAGAGGUGUGGCUGAGCAAGUCAGGGGAUCUCACAAGCUCUGUGGAGCAGCUGUCAGCUUCAGAGACUACUCUUCGCAAAAUGGUUCAGGAUCUGCAGAUUGAGAAUGGCAGACUUGUUGAUCGAACAGAGUUUUUAGAUGCUCGUGUCAAAGAGCUGGAGAAUGUUGAGGCAACAAUGAUCCAGCGGUUGAAGAACUACGAGAACACAGAAGCUGUUCUGCACAGCCGUCUGCAGCAGAUGGAGAAAUCUGAGACAGCAGCAUUCAGCAAGGCAUCAGAGCUGGAUGUGAUCAACAUUGAUUUGUCGACACGAUUGCAGCAGGCAGUGGAAGAGAACGCUGUGUUGGCACAGCACAUCACGCAGCUACAAGGUCAAGUUCAUUCCCUUGACAGGCGGUUGGCUGCUGCCUCUGAUGCAGAAGUCAGCUUGACCCAGCAUGUGGAGAGCCUCCAAAAAAGUGAAAUGGUUCUGCAGAAAAAGGUGCGGGAAUAUGAGUUAAAGGACAUUGAUGCUCAAGCUCGGAUCAGAGAGCUGGAGCAGAUGGAGCAGAUUCUUAAGGACAAAGUGAAUCAACUACAGAGGACUGAGAGCAGGUUAAAGGGGCGGCUUGUGGAACUCGAGGCUGUGAGCAGUCAGAGUCAGCAAGGACAGCUAGAGACAAGUGAAGGGGCAUUGGUCAUAAAGACAACUCCAGCAGCAUACAAGGAAAUGCAGGCAAAGAUGAUUCUUGUGGAGGAAACGGUGCAGCAGUUGGAAGAAUUAGAGAAGCUUGACAGCAAGCUGAGUGCUGAUCUCAUGCAGCUGCAGCAGGGCAAGGGAUCAUGUGGGCACGAGGUGAAGAUAGAAGUUCUGAGAAGGAGAAUUGACUCCUAUCAGAAUCUUGUGCAGAAAAUGAAGCAUCACCUGUCAGAGGGGCAGGUGCCCUCUUUGUGGGCUUCUGACCCAGCUGUUGGUCAGAGCCCCGAGAGUGAGGAUCUCCCAGCUAGACAGUUACAGUCGCUGGAGUCAGAGAGGGUGCUUCAGUCGGUGUGUAGCUUGACACUGCACCACGCCAACGUCGAGCAGCCACAGCACGACAGUCCUGACGGACAGGGGUUAUCCCAGUCUGGGGAUGAAAUCCUCCAGGUCAAUGCAAGUGAUCUGUCUGUUGGAAAACCCCAAGGCGCGGGCAAAUCGUCCAGUGAGCCCGAGGAGAGCCACUGGCGCAAAGUUGAGCUGAGGCAGAAGCAGCGGGCCAUGGCUGAGCAGAGGGGAGCGUCAGCCAUGACAGCCAACCUGCCAGGAGCCUCAGCACCUGCUUUUGCUGCUCAGGAAGAGCUGGUCAUCGGACUGAGCCUUCCCUCAGAAAGCGAGCAGAGCAUCAAAUCACAGAAUGACACGGAUUCCGAGUUGUCAGGCGCACCCAAGGUCAUGCGAGCUGCUGUAUUGUCAGCUUUGCAUGCCCACCCUGUCACCACUGGUACUAGCAAAGUGCCCAGCGGUGGGGAUGUACACUAUUCUUCUCCUCCUGUGCCUAAAAGCACAUGGCCACCAACCUCGCCCAAGCAACAGCAUGCUGUUUUUAGAAGAGAUGAUUCAUUUUACCUGCCAAGUUCUGCUGAGAGUGCAGAAAGUUUGGAUGAGGAGGAUGCUCCACCCCUUCCAGCUUCUGCCCCACCCUUGCCCACCUCAUCCAUGCCUCAUUCAUUGGUGACUCCAUCAAGACCUGAUGCAUCUGUAAGUGUGACUCCAUCUGUAGAUGAGCAAACAUUUGUGUCAAAAGCAGUGUUGUUAAAUACAGCUUCAAGAAGGAAUGGUGGCAAAGUGGGGAGUUCAGGAGCUGGUGAGGAGGUGCAGAACAUCAGGCUACAGACCACAUCUUCUGUAGGUUUGAGCAUCAGGCAAAGGAUUGCACAAAUUGAACAGCAACUCAAGGAAAGUCCCGGAGCUGGGAGUAAAACUGAUGAUGAGGAUUCAGUGCAUGCAUGGAAAACAAAAGCACUGGAAACAUCUCAGCAGCUGGGUGCUGCAGAGAAGCAAAGCAAAAAGCUCAAAGAAGAAAUAAAUCGUCUAGAAAAGGAUUUGGAGGAAAAACAACGUUAUUUUGUAAUUAUUGAAAAAUGGAUAGUUGAUGCAGAAGAAGUAUUAAAGAACAAGAACAAGAAGAAUGAUCGUGAUAUUGUUCAGCAAAUGCAGUCAGAGUUAAAACAUUUGAAGCAGGAUCUUGGGAAUGCUGGCUACAAGAAAGACGACAUUUUCACUGACUGUGCAGCUCUUCGGUCAGAGCUGGACCAGAAAGAAAGAGAAUUAAAUCUUAAGUGUGUGGAAAAUGAGGGUUUACAAGAGGAGGUGCAGCGAUGGCGUAGUGAGUGCAACAGUGUAGAGACCAUGCGAAUUAAUGCUCUUGACGCUCUCCACUGCCUAGAAAUGGAGGUGUCUGAGCUGCAGGAUGCUGAUGUUCAACUAAAACGACUGAAGGAUGAAUAUAAUACCUUACUGGGCCAGUUGGAACAAGCAUGGGAAAAAUGUGAAGACUUCAACAAACUGCAGAUUGAAAAGGAUGAUCUGGAGUCUGCCUUAAAACGUACUCUUCUUGAGCUUGACCACCAGAAAUGUGACUUGGCAAAAGUCCUCAAAGAGCGUGAUGAGAUGCAGCCCAAACUGCUUGAAAUGCAAGCUAGUGUGCAAGAGUUUGUCAGUAUGAAGAUGGAGAAUACAUCUUUAAGAAGCCAAAUCACAAGCCUGACAGAAAGGCUGCAAGCAAGGACUGACAAAAUGCGGGAAGUUUAUGAGGAAAACCUGGCUCUCCACGAACGCAUGGCUGAACUUCAGUCACGUCUUGAGAAGAGCAUUGAAACUCGCCAUGAUCUCGACAACUUGUGUGCAAGGUAUGAUGAACUGGAUUUACAGAGGAAAAAAGCUGUAACAGCUGUUCAAAAUCUCCAUGCAAAGGUAUCCCGCCUGUCCAAAAAGUGUCAAGAAAAGGAUGAGCUCUUGCAUCGACUUAGGGAGCAGUUGCACAGUGGGCGUGGACAUUCAUCGCUGUUAGAAGAGUUGCAUCACCUGGAAGUGAUGUGUGCUGGGGAGGAAUACAACAGACCUCUGUCUCCACUUGACUGGAUCACUGGGACCAGACUGUCAGACACAGAGCAUCUGUUGGCAGAGAGAGUACCUCCUGUUAUCUCGUAUUGGCCAUCCACUUCUUCACUAGGUGACCAACAGGACUAUACCAAUGAUACAGAGACAGGUGACAAAUCACAGCCAAGGCGGCCCAAGUCUGCAGACCAUGUCUUUGGAAGAGGUCGGCCUCAUCUGGGUGCUACCUUUGGUUCUCGUCCACACCCUGUGGGCAGUGCCAUGCAGGGUCACUUAGGAGAGUCGCUGUAUGUUGCUGUAGUGGAUUAUCAGCCGGGUCUUGGUGCCAGCAGUGCUCAUCCACAGUUGGAAAUCCCACUCAAGGAGGGGGACCACGUCAAAGUGAGAGGGUUGGUAGACCGCCAUGGCUACUGUGAAGCAGAGGUUAAAGGUCGUGUGGGACUAGUGCCUGUCAGCCACCUUUAUCCACUUGCAGAGACCAGCUUUCAUGGGAUGCGUGCUCAGGGCAGCCAUCACCACUACAAGAAAACAGUUGGGGAAAGUGCAGAGCAGAUCAGCCAGAUGUUUGAUGAGCUUCAGGAGCCAGGAUUGCUGUCUGGUUAUUUCCAGCCUCUUCAUUCCACAGCCUCACAAACUUUAGCACACCAAAAGCGACACGGCCACACAAAGAACCAAAUGCCACCAGAGCCUCCAACAGAUCUAAGAAUAGAACAAGUGGAAGGCAGCAGUCUGGUGCUGGCAUGGCAGCCACCUGUUUUAGACCAAUAUGGAUGCAGCAAUGGCACUAAAGUAGUUGGAUACAGAAUCUACCUGAAUGGGCGGGUGUGCCAGCAGCCUCAUAGUCCACGUUUAGCUCAUAUCCAGGUGGAAGGCAUUCGCCAUGACAAACCACAGCACCUGGCCAUUCAAACCCUGGCUGCUUCUGGCGUCCUAUCUUCCCGUGUUGAGUUGGUGUACCAAGGAGUAACCACCCCUGUCAGCAGUGAGCCCAGCUCAGAAGUGGGCACGGACUUGUCUUCAAUCCUCAACAGCAUCCACUACAAGAUGGGCAAAAAACGCAUGGUGAUGGGCUUGUAUGAUUAUGACCCAGAAAAGCAGUCACCCGGUGACUACACAGCCUGUGAGUUAGCAUUCCAUGCUGGUGACAUCCUGUUUGUGUAUGGAAAUGAGCGACCGGAUGGCUUUUUCCAUGGCGAGAAAAAUGGACAGCGGGGCCUAGUGCCAGCAUACUUUGUGCAAGAAGUUGUAGGAGGAAGUAAGAUCUCACAGAAAUCCAGCAUUCCUGAUGGACAAUCAUCGCCUCGGAGAUGAUGCAGUGAUGUGUAGGAUCUGUGUUCAAAUACAGGAACUGGUCUUCUUGUCCAAACCUUCCCCAGUGCUGAUGACUUACUCUUGUAUAGCAGUCACAUUGCCUCCUAGUGCUGCCACAUUAUUUGUAAUGGGGAAAUGUUUACAGUAAGGUGCUUGUGAUAAAUGGUGAUUGGUCCAAAUCUUGAAGACCAUCUUUGUGCACAGUUACAUCUGAUAAUGCCAUGUUGUUUGUGGCCAGCAUUUCCAAGAUGACACUUUGUUACAUGCUUCCAUAAACCCAGAUGGUGAACAAUUACUGCACUGCCAUCGUUUUGUAAAAGUUUGCUGUAUGUGACAAUAUGAUUUCUGAAGAGGAAAGAGCUUGUGCCUGGCUCAUUUACUUCAUUGCAUAAGACUCCGUUCUGGAAAAUGUGGCAGAUUUGCAGUGGUGAUGCUAUGUUCUCCCUUGAGGAGCAAGACCAAACAUGAGACAAUAUUAAGACAACCACAAAUGCUUCUAGGUUUUUAACUCUGAUAUUGACCUUGUGCUGAGUUUGGUACAUAUGGCACAUCAUCCGCAAAAACAUACCAUAAUAAAAAUCAUAUUGUUCUUUCCUCCUUCAGCUAGUCCUAUGUAAGACAUUGAUGUUUACUUGUUCUAUUGUGAGGUGCAUAUGCAAACCUGAGAAUUAAUAUUUAAAGUAUGAGUUGUUCUUGCAUAAUAGCUUUUGUCCAUUUCAUUUUCAGAUUUAAUUCAUUCCAAUUUGUUCCCAGAUGGAGAUUUUUUUUAUAUUUGGAAACUUGACCACAAGAGUCUGUUCGCAAAUUAGGUGUUGGUGAGCUGGCUGCACAAACUUUUUUUUUCGGGUAGAGAUACCAUUUUAUUAAAAAUAAAAAAUAAAAAGUCUUAUAUACACAAUGCAUAAUGCUUAGAAUAAGGAAAAAAUUCCACACGUUCCACUCAUUCCUUACCUUAAUAUUUAAGAAUCCACACUUUUUACAUAAAUUGUGGGAAAAAAAAUUGCUGCCUUACCUGGUUAGCAUUAUACAUUGUUUUCCUGUGAAAAGCAUACAUGUGUUUUUAUGCUGCUGCAGGAAUGAAAUACUGCAUGUAACUCUCAGUCUAGGGCAGUGUCAGCUAGCCAGCAACACCACUUUGCAGAAAUUUCAUCAACUUGUUACAUUUUUUUUCAGUUAUUGGGCAUUUGAUAAUGUAUAUAAUGCUAUAAAUAUUUGUGUGUGUGUAUAUACAUACACAUGUAAGGUAGGGUCUUAUGUUUCUGCUGUGAUAAUUGUUGGUAGCCUUUGUUUAUAAGAAUACUUAAGGUGAUGUGCCUUGUGUAUAGAAACAUUUUUGUCCCAGCACAUAUGCCGUCCUUAUUUGUGAAACUGUGUGUUAUAACUUCAAGUGUGAUUUAAACUUCUGCAAAUGCUCAUUUAUCUAUGCAAAAUUAUUUAGAGUUUGGAGCUUCCUAAGGUAAACAUUUAUGAAUUUAUGUAACUUUAAUACAGAACGUCAAUACAAAAA